GUAACAUUCAACACCUUCUACUCUGGCAGCUGUAAAAUAAAGAAGGAACAUGGAUCCUUCUCAACCUCAGUACAGUCUGGACUGCUUACAGUCAGCAUUUUCCUGGUGAGCUUCAGAUAACUGGCAGACGACGGAGGCCGACACCUCUGAAUCGAAGUUGGUUAAUUUUUUCCAGCUGUGAACAACGAUAAAGAUGGCGAUGAUAAAGACCUUUACAAGCGGCACCAUGCUAACCCUCACCAUCCUGUUUUACUCCGACACUCUCCACGCGGCUUCGUUGGGGCCAUACAGAUAUGAUCCGAGCGCUUUUAAAGAAAGCGCAUACGGCUAUCCUGAUCCCAAUAUGAUUAAAGCCCUGGAGUUCAUUGAAAAUUUGCGACAAAAUAACGAAGACGAAUCGAUGCCAAACUAUGAAGCGAGGGGAGCAUUCCGUCCAUUUCAAGAACCCCUCUUUAAAAAGUUGGAGGGAAAUGAUCGAGAGAACCAGCAGCUGGAAAACAUCAGGGAAUCUUCAGACGAGGGCAGGGCUGAAUGGGCCAAACUUUUACUGCAAGCUUUGAUGCAAGCGGAAAGCGAGAGCAGGGCGAAUGGCAAACCUUACAGGUCAGGAGCUCGGUAUUAUAACCAGCAGGAGGACGCAAUGGAGGAUGGAGGUAACGAACAAGUCUAUGACGAUGGUGAAUUACUAGCACAUGAUAAAAAUGACAGACUGUCAAGGAAACACCAUGUUGCCUUUCCUCCGGAGGGCGGCUACGAUGUCAAUCCCUAUAAACGCACCAAUGAAAUUAUAGAAGAGCAGUACACCCCACAAAGCCUUGCAACCCUGGAGUCUGCCUUCCGCGAACUAGGAAAAUACACGGCCCCGCGCAAGGAGCAGGGAAGAUUAGAGGAAGAGCAUUUUCGCAAGGACGAGGAGGAUGACAUCUCCCGGGCCAACGAUUUUGCUUAUGAGGACGUGGCGGACGGAGAAGACUGGAACUCAAUAGAAAUGAAGAACAGGCAUCGCCAUAAGGAGAUACAAUUUCAGGAUGAGGAAACAAACACCGACAGAGAACGCGAGGGAGCAGGAUACAGCAUAAAGAAGGCUUUGGCUGGUGUGGAUGAGGCCGACUUGGAGCAUCUGGACUCCCGAGAGAAAGCGGCGAGGGAGAAAGACAGUGGGGGUGAGAUGGCAGACGCCGCGAUGGACUUGAUGCUACAGUAUUAUAAACGCCUGCAAGACAGAAUGUACGAACGGCAGCCUGAAAGGGGCGCUGGAAAUGCAGGCGAAGACAGUAAUGUAGAAAGUGAGAAGGUGGCCAGGGGGUCGGAAGAUGAAAUUGAGCCAGGGCUCCUGAACCAGUUGGUUGAACUGUCCGGCAGACUUCAAAUACCGCCGGAUGACAUUCUCAAAAUGCUAAAGGACGCGGAGCAGAAGAAACAAGCGCCCGGACCCUCCCCGGCGGAGAUAGACGCUGACUUCCCGGACAGCCUUCAGGAGAGCUCGGAAAUGGACACACGUCGAGAAAGCAAAAGACUCCGAGAUGGUUACAAUAGAGACCUCUUCGCUCCGAACAACGCAGAUGAAGAUCUCACCACGGAGGACAUCCUAAACAUCCUGGGAACGGACAGGAUGUAUGAGAAGCCAGAGUAUUUCCGUAAAGCAGAUCAGUCGAAAAACCGUCCGCCUGCACUCUAUGCCCCAUUCCAGAGUUUCCAAGGGCAUCGCAACCACGAUUCGUUGCGGAACGGCGAAGGCAUGGACCAAGGAACGGACGACCGAGCCAUCAGCAUCGACGACGACGAACUCGCCAGGUAUCUGGAGAGGCUGCUGGUCAAGAAUCCCGAUCUGCUGAAUGCAGCUGCCAUCCCGCGGGCUAGAAUGGAUUCAUCGGCUGACGAGCAAGUGGAGGCAGACACCUAUCAAGACCCCGUCAAGGAGUUACUGCGCGGUAUCAGCCCUCGGGAAGCUGCGGAGGUUAUGUCAAUCAUAAACAGCCUUUCGAGUUUUGCAGGGAAUGGUUACCACGCCCCUCGAACGCAACAGAAAGGGGAAGAUUUUGCGAUCAUGAUGCUCAAGUUAAAGGAAUUCCUAAAUCAACAGAACGGCGACAGGGAUCGCGCCGUGAAGGAAUCAAACAGAGAAAUCCUGGGUAGUGAACAGUAUUAAUGAAGAAAACGGUCGGUGAACAGAAAAGAAUGGCAGAUUGUCAACUGGUGAUAAGAUUAAAAACAUACUGAGUUAAGAUUUCUAUCGUAAAGAUCCAUGGACGAUGACAUGAAUAACACAACCUCUCGUGGAGAAUACGUCGUUGUCACGGGCUUCGCGGUAAUUCUUUAGUUGUUAAGAUUAUUUCUUACUUUUCAUGAUGAGGCAGUUUUAGUAGUCAUGUUGACGUACUUGUUCUUGGCUGAAACUAUCCCCAUCAUGCAUGGUUAAACGUCGGUAGAAACACGUCCGUGGUUGCUUUUAUUUAAUAAAAGUAUUUUAUUUCCAAUUAACCAAAAUGAACUCGUUAUUGUCUAUGACUUCUGUGAAAAGCUGAGAA